UCCCCCCAAAACUUUGGUCCUGUUUUACUAACACUCAAAUAUUGAAUGGGUGAUUUUGGAAUUAUAUUUGUGACUUUCUUCCUGUGCCCAUUGAAAAAUAGAUCUUUUAAUUUUCCCCUCUGAUUGAAAAAUGAGACCAUUUUGGAACACAUGGAAUUGGAUACACUUUUCCGUGGUGUAGCAUGACCAGCCGGUAGUGAUUUUGAAAUCCUUCUCCUUUUGCUUCUACGACGUCGUUUUCCUCAGCUUCGUCCUUCAACCAAUAUAUACAUACAUAUAAACUGGUGGCAGUCCCAACGGCAACUCUUCAAAAUAACGUCUGGAAAUGCCUUCCCUUCUGUUGUAUCAUCUCCCGCCAACUCCACUUUCCACAACCAUCAAAAUCAGGUCUCAUCCAAAACCUUCAUCCCUCGUGCAAGGUAGCACCCAAACUCCCCUGUGUAUAACGUGCGCCAGAAGCCAAGAUGAUUACCACGCCACGCUCGAUGCUCUCAACUCCAAAGGCCGCACUCCCAGAAAGUCUCUCGGCCAGCAUUACAUGUUGAAUUCUUCCAUAAAUGAGCAACUUGCUGACACUGCGGAUAUUAGGGAUGGUGAUGUGAUCCUUGAGAUUGGACCCGGAACUGGUUCUUUGACUAAUGUUCUUCUAGAUGCGGGUGCAACUGUUCUUGCAAUUGAGAAGGAUGCACACAUGGCCGCACUUGUGAGAGAAAGGUUUGCGGAUACAGACCGUCUCAAGGUUUUGCAAGAGGACUUCAUGAAAUGCCAUAUUCGCCCUCAUUUGUUCUCAUUGUUGCAAAGCAAAAAGGCAAUGAACAAAGAAUCAAGAUAUGCAAAAGUAGUCUCCAAUAUACCUUUUAAUAUAAGCACAGAUGUAGUAAAAAUACUUCUUCCCAUGGGGGACAUCUUUUCAGAGGUUGUUCUCUUACUUCAGGAUGAGACAGCUUUGCGGUUGGUCGAAGCAUCUUUGCGGACACAUGAGUACCGUCCCAUAAAUAUUUUUGUUAAUUUUUAUUCAGAUCCUGAAUACAAAUUUAAGGUCCCUAGGACAAAUUUUUUCCCCCAACCUAAUGUUGAUGCAGCUGUUGUUGUAUUCAAGCUGAAGCAAGCUGUGGACUAUCCACCGGUUUCCUCCAUUAAAAGUUUCUUCUCAAUGGUUAAUUCAGCAUUCAAUGGAAAACGAAAGAUGUUGCGGAGAUCACUUCAGCACAUAUGCACAUCCAUCGAGAUUGAAGAGGCUCUCAGAAAUGUUGGCCUUCCAGCUACAUCGAGACCCGAAGAGCUUACCUUAGAUGAUUUCGUGAGGUUGCAUAAUUUAAUUGUAAAAACCUAGUCUUUCCAACCUCCUCCUCAGAAGGCCAACUUCAUGCUUACUCCCAGAACACCAUCUCAGUCCCUGAUCUUCAUCACCUAUGAUUCAGACCAGGAACUCAACAAAGAAAAGAAAUCGUACAAUCUCCAGAUGGGAAAAACCCAAGUGAAGUGAAUUAUCCUCGGGAAGCAGAAACAACAUUUGGGGUGUCACUGCCAUGUUCAACCAGUUGGGAUGACUAAAGAAACUAUUCAGGAUAAGUUAUUGUAAUAUUAGUUACAGAACCAUAAAAUCUAAAUAGAGAACAAUACUGGAAUCAACCCAAUUUGGGUUAAUGAAUUCAUUGAUGUUCUUAUUCAA